GUAUGAGGGUGCUGGUAGAUGCUCGAGAGAAGCUUCAUAUUCCUUGGGGAGAUGAUGACAACCAGCUCCAUGGAGACAAGUUGAUGGCGUUUGAUACUCGUGCUCCCAUGGCUGCAAAAGGAAUGGUGGAAACGGGGAUUUUUUUACAAUAUCUUCCUGCUAUAAGAGCCUUAUGGGCAGACAGUGGCAUACAGCAUGCCUAUGACCGGCGUCGAGAAUUCCAGUUGGGUGAAUCUGUAAAAUAUUUCCUGGAUAACUUGGAGAAACUUGGAGAACCAGAUUACAUUCCAUCACAACAAGAUAUUCUGCUUGCCAGAAGACCUACCAAAGGCAUUCAUGAGUAUGACUUUGAAAUUAAAAAUGUUCCUUUCAAAAUGGUUGAUGUAGGUGGUCAGAGAUCAGAAAGGAAACGUUGGUUUGAAUGCUUCGACAGUGUGACAUCAAUACUUUUUCUUGUUUCCUCAAGUGAAUUUGACCAGGUGCUCAUGGAGGAUCGACUGACCAAUCGCCUUACAGAAUCUCUGAACAUUUUUGAAACAAUUGUCAAUAACCGGGUUUUCAGCAAUGUCUCAAUAAUUCUCUUCUUAAACAAGACAGACUUGCUUGAGGAAAAAGUACAAGUGGUGAGCAUCAAAGACUAUUUCCUAGAAUUUGAAGGCGAUCCACACUGCUUAAGAGACGUCCAAAAAUUCCUGGUGGAAUGUUUCCGGAACAAACGCCGGGACCAGCAGCAGAAGCCCUUGUACCACCACUUCACCACCGCUAUCAACACGGAGAACAUCCGCCUUGUGUUCCGGGAUGUGAAGGAUACUAUUCUUCAUGACAACCUCAAGCAGCUCAUGCUCCAGUGAUGUACAAAAGACUCGCUAUUUUAAUACCUUCUUGUGUUUUUGAUUGUUUUCUGUUUGUUAUGUUUUAUUUUUAAAAAUAGCAGUUUACAGCAGGAAUUAGAAAAAUCUUGAUUUCCAGGUAAUCUUAAUCCUUCUGCGCCUUCGGUUUGUGGCUGAAAGCUGUUGAACAACAUAUCACCAGCACCUGCUGGCAGUGAGACUCUGAUCAGCCUCCCCAUAGCUUCCAUUCAAGUCCGCCUGGUCGUCUGGCCACCCGCAGACUAUGUGUAUGUCUGGCUUGCCAUCCUUCCACUUUUCCAGCUGAGUUCUCCUUCAGUGCCAAGAACACGGUGCCCUAAGUAGCUGUAGGAAUGAGGUUAGGAAUAUUCAGCUCUGGCACAAGUAAGAGAGCUUCAGUCUGCCUUACAGAGCAGUGACACUCACUUGCCUGGCUUUAGGAGGACUGCUGUAAAAGGGCUAUUGGAAAAAAGUUGGGCCUGAGGAGCAGCAGUCUGUCCAUUUACACAGGUGUAGCCUUCGCGUGUUUGCAAUUGCUGACAUACCCAGCAGCUGGUUUUAUUUUUAAAUUCUUAUGGUUUCUGAAGGUCAUGUUCUUAGUGUUCUAAAGUUUACACGAGGAUUUCUGGUCUGAUGUGAAAGAGUUGACAAAUGGUACCAGGGAGCAGAAAGAUAAGCAAAUACUAUAGAUAAUAUUUUGAUCAAAAGUAAUGAAUGAAAUACAGUUUGCCUUUUUCUUGUUUAUUAUGUAAUUUAAUGUGCCAUAAGUGAAAUAGUUCGGCCACUGCAGCACCUAUAAACUGCAGGCAACUUAAUAACAAAUAAACAUACCUGUUCCAGAAUGCUGUGUGUUGCUUUUAAGUCCUGUCUCCGCCGAUUUCACUCCUUCCUGGAGGAAAUCAGUUUUGCAUUAUUGCUUCCUUUUGCUGCCUGUCCAGUCCCCAACAACUCCAAACUGUGGCAUUUAAGGGGUUCUUUUGUUUAUUUGAAGCUUGCCAAGGACAGUAUUUUGAAGUCAGAACUAUUUAGGAAGGUAUUAUCUGAGAUUCCUGUUCAUUCUUGGUAUGUCGCCAAGGUACAGUAUGUACAUGUUUGCAUGAUUAUGAGAUGCCAGUCCUGUUGAGGUACAUUUUAAAUGUCUUCAGAGAGCUCCUAAGAAUAAGUAAUCUUUUCAGAUCAUACCUGAAGAUUACAUUUGACCUGCCCUCACUGCUUACCAAAUUUCAACCAUGCCCAUGUAGCUUUGUGAGUACCAAGUGACUGCAUAAUAUCAUAGUGAGCGCAGCAGAGUGGCUGGUUUACAGUCCAAAAUUGUUGCCUGGUAGGUUAUAUGUAGUGUUAAAAUUGGAUUAGAGAUAUGGAUGUACGAGGCUGGUGACAGCUUGCAAAGUCUGACAGCUUUUCUGCUUUUCCUGAAAAUUGGGAUUACGACUGUGAGACCUAUUAGUUUACUGUGUUCUCAGGAGUUUUUUUGGACCUUGAAAGAUUGGUCAGCAUUGUGGAUCACCGAGUCUUUCUAAGUCAGUGGCUCUUGCUGUCUUUCUGUCAGGGUGAGAGCUGGGCCUUUCAGUGCGCUAACCUGGGGUUUCUUCUUGGAAUAACUUUUCUGGCAUUGAAACUUCCACUGUCAUUAUAUCCAUAUGAAUUCAGUGUGUCCAUGCCUUUGUAUACAUGUGCUUCAGACAUGUUGCCCACCAUCAUAAUGUUCAAAAUAUAAUUCAUGCAUGUUGGAGUAGUUCCACCUCUAGUGCUUUUUGCCAAAAAGAAUACAUUGUUGAAAUUCACAGGGUUAGCAUAGCCCAGUGCUAAUGAAUACGGUCUCUGAAUAUGUGCAUGGUAAUAUUUGGUCUGUUUAGUGGUCUGUGUAAAUUUAGCAAAUAGUUAUUGAGUGGCCAAGACGUUUAACUCCGUUGAAGGCUGAAGUCAGUUCCCUGUAGAAAGUGGACACUUAGGCUUGUUUAAGUUGUAUUUCAGGUCUGUGAUAACAAUAUUGCCUGACAAAGCAGAAAUAGCCAACCUUCUCUGUUUUGACUACUACCAAGAAAUGUCCAGUCACCAACUAGAUACGCUAUCAUUUGGGUGUUUGCAGUUUUCUUCUGAUGCAUGUAAUGUCUCAGAAUCACCAUUCUUUUAAAAUAAAACCUAGAAGAUAUUUUGAGGCAAUAAGUUACUUGUAUUUAAGUUACACAGGCUUAUUUCGACAUUCAGUAGAAUAGUAAGGUUCAAAGACUUUAGUCCCACAUAUUUUUGUAUAGUAUAUUUUUUUAAACCAUUUGAAAGAAGUCUUUCAACUGUAUCGUGAAAGCCAGAUCCUUUUUUAGUUGAAAUACCACUCUGUGGAAAGGGAGAUGAAAUUUAAUGAUCAGAACUAAAAAGGUGCUUGUGAUUUUCACCUGCUUCCCCUCAGUCUCGAAAAAAACUCAGAUUUGAAGCUGUUUGGUGUGUUCAGUUUUCCAAGUCUGGUUACAGUUUGGAACAAAGUGUGCCUAGUUCUUCUGUAUUACUUUCUGCUCUUCUGAGUGCCUUCUCAUUGAUCUGAAGAAAUAUCACACAUGUCUUUGCUGACGUUACGGAGCUGCCUUGUAAGUCAGAGAUCAACAACUUCGACCUUAAUUUUUAUACGGACUUCUUUUUUCAGAUGUUUCUUAAGGACCUAAGCAAUUCGAGGCAUGCCUCUGCCACUUAAAUACCAUCUUAGUAGCCUGAAUUGUUGCUUUCUGCCAAAUAUGGUAUUAAUUGGAUCUUCAUUUCAAUAUUACUACAUGAUGAGGGUGCUUGACAGCUGGAGUAUGGCUGCAGCUGAGGAAAUAGAGUGAGGAAAGAAAAAACAUUUUUGUUCAAGUUGUGUCGACUAGAGCUUCAGAGAAAGUCCUGUGGUUUAUCUUACAAAUACAGGCUCUUUGCAAAAAACUUUCGCAGUCGGUGGCAGUGGUUGAUUUAAAGUAGAAGGUAGUAAGACAGCAGACACCAUACUACCAGAAAUGAUUAGAAGUAUUAAUUUAGAUGACACAGAAAUCUUGUGCCCUAUAAUUAAAUCUUAACUUUCAAUGUAUACCGAAAUGCUUGUUAUCUUCUGCUUUUGAUACACUGUAUUUUUCAGCCUUAGUACCCAUGUCCGGUUAUGCCUUAUAUAAAGAGUAAAGUUACCAAAUUAUGCUGUUAUGUUCUGAAACUCAAAUCGCUAUUUGAGAAACCCUCAAAUUGGUGCUUUCAUUAUUUGAUGAUAUAUUUAGACAAAACCACAGACAAGCAUUUGAAACUAGAUUCUCCAGUGCCAUUUGUACUUAGGUUAUUUCUAUAUAUGUAAUGAGAAGGCUAAAUAGCAGUGUCAGUUCUUAAUUUCUUGUUUGGAUUCAUGGAGUCAUGCCUGUAAAACCAAGCCAGACGUUUGUAACAAACUCCCUAAUAAAUCUAGAGAAGUCACUGUGUUACCCUUUCAUUUCUUCUAGUUUUAUUUGAGGAAUCAAGAACAAGUUUCGUACACACCUUUUCAUCUGGAAAUCUUGACAGUACCGGUUACUUCGGUCUUUCUCCAGAAUUUCAGCAUAUGAAAUAGUAACAGGUGAUACCUUCGUGCUGUGCUACUUGACUAAAAGUACUGUUUUUUUCUUCCCCUCCUGUCUUCUUUCCUUUCUUUAGUGCUAGGAUAUCAGUUGGCUUUUCAGUCCAGAAUCUAGUAAACAUGAAGGGGGGGGGGGUGACAAGUGGAUGUGUUUAUGUCUCUGUUCCAGAUAAAGCAGGUGAUCCAGCACACACCUGUCACUUUAUGGUACGAGGUUAGGGCUUAAUAAAUGUAUCCUAAACCUGAACAUUUUCAAUCAAGUGACCUUUCACUUUUUCAGUACCAUCAAGUAGGUACUGGCCUUGGGCUAGCAGGUGGUUAUCCACAUCAUUUGAAGUACAGUGUUUGUCCGCUGGCAUUAUUAUGUCUAUCAUGAAUAUAUAGUUAGUACUUAAAUUAAUAUGUUCACCGUGCAGGUAUAACCACCUGGUUUCAAAUGCCAGAACUUACACAGAACAUUGAUCUUUUAAAAGCAUUAUUGAUAAAGCAAUAUUUCCAGAGUUGAUAAUCCUGACCUGUACAAAUCUGCUGUUAAUGAUGGAUUUGUAGAGAGGGGUUGGAAUCAGGGACCUGUAAUAGCACAAAAUUUCCAUUCAGUGAAUGUCACUGGUGGUAAUAAACUGCUUGGCAUGUGAUGUUAAUCUGUAUUUUAAAAGCUUGUUUAUAACAUCCUUACUAUACUAACUGAUGAUCUGUCCUCAGUCUAUGCCUGUUUGAUGACACCGGGAAUAAAAGGGAGAGGGUGGGGAUUAAUCCUUGUUAAGUUCAUGUAACAAUUCAACAAACGAUGCCGUUUACCCUCUUUUCCUCUUACUUGAAAGCAGAAUUGCAAAAUGUUUUAAGUGGCUUUUCUCUAUUCUUCUAUGGUAAGAGCUGAUUUAUUCCAAGAAGCCUUAUCCAAAAGUAUAUUUUGUUACACCCUCUUACAAACUGUACCUAACAAAACGUGCUCUGUAGUAGCUCUGCAUAAAAGUAUUUGUGGCUUAGGGUUUUUACGUAUAUCUUUUUAUAACCUUCCGAGAACUGCGCACAUUAUAUGAUACUGUUGUAAAUUUUUGGUCAGUGCUGUAGUUCAGGAUUGGCAGUAAGUUAUUUCUAAAGGAAGUCUAGAAAUGGAAAGGAGGGUUUGAUUUUAUAAAAUGAGUUGCUAUUCUUUAAGGCUUUUUGCUCUUGUAAACGUUUUGCCAAAAAAAUUUUGCCUCUUGCUAUUAAUAUUUGCUUUGUAAAAAUUACUGACAUUUAAUAAAAAGUUAUAAAUGA